AUGUCCGACUGGGAAGAAUUCAGGAAACAACUGCAAACCGGCUGCCCUGCCUAUAUCGAAGACAUUGACACUUCAUAUGGAUAUAUCCCAUCGCUAGGAGCAGGCAUUGCCUACUGCGUACUCUUUGGUCUCUCGAUGAUCCUCCACACAGUCCAAUUCACCUGGAAACGACAAUGGUGGGCAAGCGUGUUCAGUAUCGGAUGUUUGGUCGAAGUAAUCGGCUGGGCCGGCCGUACAUGGUCAGCCAAAUGUCCAUACAGUGGAGAUGCCUUCCUAAUGCAAAUUUGCACCCUCAUCAUCGCUCCGACUUUCUUCACAGCAGGCAUCUACAUCCUCCUAGGUCGUUUCAUCCAACUCCUCGGCCCCGAAUCCUCCAUCAUAAAGCCAAAGCUCUACCUCUGGAUCUUCUGCACCUGCGACGUAAUCUCACUCGUCGUCCAAGCCAUCGGCGGCGGCAUGGCCUCCGGAGAAGCCAACAAGAUCGACGGCGACACCGCGCCUGGCACCCACGUCAUGGUCGCUGGCAUCGUAUUCCAGCUCUUCUCAAUUACCAUUUUCGUCUUCUGCGCGAUUGAUUUCAUCCGUCGGGUUAUACGCAAGCGUCUGCUGCAGUCGGUGAACGGCUCGGUUAUCCCCCUCUUCGCUGCCAUGAUACUUUCCAUCGUCUGUAUCUAUAUUCGGAGUAUCUAUCGUACGAUCGAGUUGUCGCAGGGAUGGGAUGGGUAUCUCAUUACUCACGAGUCGUACUUUAUUGCGCUUGAUGGGGCUAUGAUGGUUAUUUCCGUGGUUGUGUUUAAUUUCCUGCAUCCUGGAUGGAUGUUGCCCAGUGGGAAGUCUGAUUCGUAUAAAAUGGAGGAGACUUCGGUUGAUCAACCGGACAGGUACCAGGGUCCACCUACUCACUACUGA